AUGCUUGAAAUCUCAGUAUUUGAACUGCGAAACACAGUAACAGAACUGGAGAAAAGACUUGGCAGUGUUGAAGAUGAAGGUAAUGAAUGGAAAACCAGAUAUGAGACACAAGUAGAAUUGAACGAACAGCUGGAAAGGCAAAUUAAUAUUCUUCAAGAGAAGAUAGACCUCAUUCGUGGCAAUCCAGCAGAUAAAUUGUCCAUUGUUCGCACCUUUGAUCAAAUGCCUGUGGGUUCCUUAAAGGAGGUUCUUAAACAACUAGAAGAAGAGAGGAAAAGUCUCCAGAAUCAGCUAAAAGACUAUGAACUUAGACUGGAACAAGAAGCAAAGGCUUACCACAAAGCUAAUGAUGAGCGGCGCAUGUACCUCUCAGAGAUCUUACAGACCUCAGCUACACUUAAAAUUAUUGAAAGGCAAAAAACAGAUGCUCUGACAGGCAAGGGAGAAAACCGGAUACUGAGAGGGAGAUACAGUGUUCCAGGAAACCCGAAGAUGGUUGAUCCCCAAAAAGGAUCGAUUAAAAAGACUGUAGGAGUGAAGCAGCUUCCAAAACUAAAGCACUGA